UUGACCUUUGCUCGACCUAAUUUGCAUAAUUGUGAUUUUCUGGACGGGGAGGGAAUAUAAUUUCUCUCUUUAGAUUUAACAUUUCUUGGCUCUGGUUGAGCCAAUAAAGACAGCAAGAUGAUCCAUAGCUUAUUUAUGAUUAACCCUUCCGGGGAUAUUUUUAUGGAAAAGCACUGGAAAAGCGUCAUAGGCCGUUCAGUGUGUGACUACUUCUUUGAAGCCCAGAACAAGGUCAGUUGCCAUGACGACGUUCCAUCCGUUAUCUCCACCCCGCAUCAUUACCUCAUCAGUAUCUAUAGGAACCAGCUCUUCUUCGUUGCCGUGGUGCAGAACGAAGUUCCGCCACUCUUCGUCAUCGAGUUCCUUCACAGGAUCUUUGACACAUUCAGCGAGUACUUCGGUGACUGCACAGAGACUACAAUUAAGGAGCACUAUGUGGUUGUUUAUGAGCUUCUUGAAGAGAUGUUAGACAGUGGUUUCCCACUGGCCACAGAAUCCAACGUCCUGAAGGAGCUGAUCAAACCACCCAACAUCCUGAGAGCAGUGGUCAACACUGUCACAGGCAGCUCCAAUGUUGCCGACACGCUACCGAGCGGCCAACUUUCCAAUGUUCCCUGGAGGCGAAGUGGGGUCAAAUACACCAACAAUGAAGCCUACUUUGACGUUAUCGAAGAGGUGGACUGCAUUAUUGAUAAGUCGGGGUCUGUAGUUUUUGCUGAAAUUCAAGGUCACAUUGAGUGUAGUGUCAAGCUUUCUGGAAUGCCCGACCUCACGAUGUCCUUUGUCAACCACCGCUUACUUGACGACGUCAGUUUCCAUCCAUGUGUCCGAUUCAAACGUUGGGAGUCGGAACGAGUGUUGUCUUUUGUCCCACCUGAUGGGAACUUCCAACUAUUGACCUACCACAUUGGAGCAUCUAGCCUGACUGCCAUCCCAGUCUACAUCAAACCAAACAUCUCCUUCCGGGACAACUCUGGACGGUUCGAACUCUCCAUUGGACCAAAGCAGACGAUGGGCAAAAACGUGGAAAACGUAGUGAUCACUUCGGACAUGCCCAAGCAGGUACUGAAUAUGAACCUGACCCCCACCCAGGGGACGUACAGCUUUGACCCCGUGGGCAAGACUCUCACCUGGGAAGUUGGCAAGAUCAACCCCCAGCGACUGCCCAGCAUUAAAGGCUCGGUGUCACUGCAGAGCGGUGCCCCACCCCCCGAAGCCAACCCUACCAUCAACGUGCAGUUUUCCAUCUCGACGCUGGCCAUAUCUGGGGUGAAAGUCAACCGGCUGGAUAUGUAUGGAGAGAAAUACAAGCCCUUCAAAGGAGUCAAGUAUAUAACGAAGGCUGGCAAGUUCCAAGUUCGAAUGUGAGUCUCUGAGAUUCCAGAAAUAUAUGUAAACUUAUAGAAAUAUAUCUCGCAAAGUUGUU